AAAAGCGUAAACAAUAAUUAAAAAAUAAGAACGAUGCAAAGUCAACGAUUAUAGACAAUUAAAGAUUUAGAUUAGUUACUGUGAAAGGAUAAAUGAAAGAUAUUUUUUGUUGCACCAUAAGCACUAUUUUUUAGAGGAAUUCACAGAUUCUAUUCAUUUCAAGAUUCGAUACUUUAUACUUCCUUAUUUUGCCGAAAAUAAUCCCCGAUUAUGGCUACUGUUUCAGCUCGACUUUCUAUAAUUGGAGAAACAUCUUCUGGUGAACCUGACCAAGAUGCUAAUUCUGCUCUGACAGAACUUGAUAAAGGUUUAAGAUCUGCUAAAGUAGGUGAACAGUGUGAAGCUAUCAUCAGAUUUCCACGACUCUUUGAAAAGUAUCCUUUCCCCAUUUUGAUAAAUUCAGCCUGCUUGAAGUUAGCUGAAUUAUUUCGCACUGGGACCAACUUCCAUAGAGUACUUAUUCUACGAGUUAUGCAACAAACACAAAAACAUCUUGACAAAAUUCUUAAUUUAGAUGAAUUUGUUCAUCGGUUGUAUGCUGUUAUCCAUAGCAAUGAUCCUGUGGCUAGAGCACUGACUUUAAGGACUUUAGGCAAUAUUGCUAGUGUUGUUGCUGAAAAAAAGAGUAUACAUCACAGUAUAAGAAAUAGUCUAGAUUCUCAUGAUGCUGUUGAAAUGAAGGCAGCUAUUUAUGCUACUGGAAAAUUUGCUGCCCAAUCAAAGGCGUUUGCUUCUAAUAUUUGCAGCAAAAUUGGAGAAAUGAUUCAAGGACUGGCUACUCCAGUUGAAGUCAAGUUACAACUCCUUUCAAUAUUUCAACAUAUGCACCAUGAUGCUCAAACUAUUGCACAAGUCUGGAAACUAUGCACAUCCCUUCUACCUGAUUAUCCAUCUCAACAAUUUGUUGUUUGCACUCUGCAUACUCUCACUGAACUAGCUGCUGCUUCAAUAACUCACAUUCCUCAACAGGUUAAUUUAUUAAUUUCUUACCUCAAAGAAGAUGGCCGUAUGUGUGUGAAACUAAAUGCCUUAAAAGAUAUGGAAAAAUUAGCAAAGACAGGUCCUCACUUGUGGACUUUAGAAAACGUAAAUCAAUUGGUGAAUUAUACCAUUGAAACGCCCUAUAUUAGUUUGAAGUGUGAGAUUUUCUCUGUGAUGGUGGCUUUGGCUUAUUCAGUUUCUGUGGACAAGUUUGACUUAUCAGCUGAAUGUAAAGUUUUAAAACUUUCUCAAGAUUGUAUAUUGCAUGAUAAUGUCCCACUUGCUGCAAUAUCUGUGGAACUGUUGUCUCAAAUAGCAAUUCAUGUAUUUCAAGAAGACGUAGUUGUUCAGAAUAUAGAUUUAAUGCCAGAAGUAUCAAGUGCUAUUGAAGCAUUACUUUUAGUAAUUUGUACAUCUGAUGAUCAAAGACCAGAAAACCUCAAAUCACUAUUAAAAUGUUUCAAAUGUGCUGUAAAUAUAUGUGAAGUAUCUCCUGAGAUGUGCAUUCAGUUUGUUGAUACUAUUGGCUCUUUGAUUGGUAAAACUUCAGAUGUAUGGGUUGUUCCACUAUGUACAGCUCUAUGUGCAUUAGGCAAUAAAAGUGCUGGUGUUGUAGUUUGCUGGCAAACAGAUUUAAUACCAAAGCUGAAGGAAUUCAUUUUACAACCUCAAAUAACUUCUGAAAGAGCAAAAGCUAUAGGUAUGGUAUGCACUUUACUAUUUCAAACAAGCGUUGAUAAGCCAUGGGUUCUUCAUGAUGAUGAGGUUGUAAUGAAUGCUAUUGAUUCCGUGGAUUUCUGGUCUUCUUAUAAAAUAGGCCGUCAAGCUACCAGAUAUGGGCAUCAUCAGUAUGCCAUUAAAAUCUUUUCUACCCUCUGUAAUAAGGUUAGCUCUGAGCAUUUGUAUUUCUGGUUGAUAAGUCUUUGUGAAAUGAGUAAAGCUGAGAACUGUUUGACAUCUAAAAUUGUCAGAAGUAAUCAAGAUAUAAUAGAAUAUGUUACCCAAGCUAUAACUCAUUACAUGAAAGCUAUAUCAGCUCUGAAGGCAGCUACAACACCUCAACAUUCUUUACUUUUCCAAUGUGAAUAUGCCAGGCUGCGAAGUGAAGUACUUCAAGCACAUCUACAACUGUUGUUGGCGUGCUCUUGUGUUAAGACUUCACCACCUCCGGCAAUUGCUGUGUCUGUUGCUACUGCUACCAGAGAUGAGCUACAGAAAUGUGGCAGAGUUGUUAUGCAGAUAAGAAAAUGUGCAAAGGACUUCAAAAACUUAGCUGACCAGUACGGUGCACUAUAUCAAUCUGUGUUUGAUGCUGAUUCUAAAACACUGAUAAACAUUCAACUAUUACACCAAGGUUGUUUACUUAUUGCUCAAGCUAUUGAUAAAGUAUCUCAACAUAAUCAAGGAAUGGGGUUUAGUACAAGUGAAGAAGACAUAUUGUCAAUUGAAUAUUCCAAGCAAUCUUUAGAAAACUAUCAAAUGGGAGAAGCCUGUAGAAAAGCCUCCACAAUUAUUAGAGAUUUUGCUUCGAAUUAUGAGGAACGAACAGUUUCACGACAGGAAACUGAUUUUUUAAUCAAAAUUAGCAAUGAAAUCUUCUUAAUUCCAUUAUGUUUUCCGAGGUUCUUCUUCCAAGCUUUACAAUCAACUAGCAUUAAACUUGCUAUUUCGCCUCAACCUAAAACAACGGGCGAGCCUAUUAUCAUUCAACACACUUCUCAACUUUCAAUCAAGGUUGAAGGUGUUGUGCAGCAUGGAUCAAGACCUGGAUUGUAUAGGAAAGUAGAUAAGAUAUUAAUAACUGUUGUCAGUCAACAAAAUCGACCUCCUUCUCAAGAUCCCAAGACUUUUCCGGAACCUAAUAUUGUGCCAACUACUACUCUGUCUCAAAAUGUGACACCUCAUUAUGACUAUUUCCAUGCACAGUUUCUUUUGGGAUUUCCCAUCGCUGGCUUGCACUCAAUAACAAUAGAAGCAGCAGUUAUUGACGACAAAGAAAGUCUGUGGAAAACAGGUCCUAAAAUGACCCUCAAUGUGAAGUCUUACGACGACAGCAAUAACCAAAAACCAGCAUCUCGGCCAACUUAUGCUUCACGAUUUCAAACAUAAGAUGAUGACUUUUGCAGUUUUUAAACUUCACAAAAUUGAACUCGUUUCUAUCAUUACCUCAUUUGUAAAAAUAUUUCAUGUCUCUACAUUUACAAGAGAGUUGUAACUUGUUUUAUGUUUCUUCAUAAAGUUUAAAACGUAUAUUUCGCUUA